AUCCUUUUUAAACCACAUUAUGGAAUUUCUAUCAAAAACCACCGUUUUUUUAAUAUUCUGGACUGUAUCCAAAAUCGCUCUUUCAACAUGACCUUUGAAGUAUCUAAUUUAUUCUAUAAUUUAAAAUUUUAAAAUACGUACUCAUAAUGUUAUUGCCACCAGCUCGGGUAAGUGAUCAAACUCCGAAAAGCAGAACCGGAUUUCUCAAUUCACGGGACCACCCUCAGGAUUUUGGCCCGCAGUCCCCAGUCCUACGCGGUAAUCCUUCAUCAUGAUCGUCUGGCUGGUGUUCCUGUUUGCGACGGUGACCGUGGUUCAACCCCAAACACCGAAACCAACCAGCAUCGUGUACGGAGAGCCCGCCGUGACGGGACAGUUUCCGUAUCAGGUGUUCCUGGAAAUCUAUUCACCCGGAAACCUCAAAAGCUACUGCAGUGGAAGUGUGAUCUCCGACCAGUGGAUUCUGACGGCCGCUCACUGCUUCCAACAGGUAGUCGGUUUCUUGGCCAUCAUGGGUUCAGUGAAUCCGCCCAACGGCAAUUGGAUCGCGAUGUUCGGCAACGAGUUUUACGUCCAUGAAAAGUAUGACCCAAGAACCACAGCCAACGAUGUGACGGUAGCAAAACUUCCGCAAAAGCUGCCAUUUGGCGCCAACAUUGCUCCGGUCCAGCUUGCUACGGAUGCUGAGCAAAACUACUACGGGGAUGUAGCCGUCGCCAGUGGCUGGGGAAAAACGUUGGAUGCUGAUCUAGGAAUUGGGUCCAACCUGCAGUACACUACGCUGAAGGUCAUCUCAAACCAGGAGUGCUUUUUCCUGUACCCAAGCCGGAUUUUUUCGUCAACCUUGUGCGCUGCUGGUCCAUCUCGAGGAUCCACCUGUAGAGGAGAUUCCGGCGGACCUUUGGUUUCUUUGAGGGAUGGAAAACAAAUUGGAAUCACCAGCUUCAGCAAGCCGUCCUGUCAAAAGGGCGAACCGCAGGCGUUUGUACGUGUUACCAGUUUCGUGGAUUGGAUCAGGAGCAAAACUGGAUUGAUGCUGUAAGAUGCUGAAGCUUCAAUGCCUUGAUAUGGUUCAACUUUGU